AGUCGGCUGUCUAAUGUCUUUUCCAACACUUAAACUAAAGCAAAUAAAAAUUUCGGCAACCAAAACAGCAACUGUUUGGAAAAUCUAGUUAUUUAUUAAUAAAAUAUACCACAAAUUCCGAGAAAAUGGCAGCAAAGGUCGCUAGCGGUGCAAACAAAGUAUUUCAAAAUCACGAUGAUGUCCACAUCUCCUUCGAGGACCAGCAGCGCAUAAAUCGCUUUGCCAAGCACAAUGCCCGCAUGGACGACUUCAAGGCAGAGCUGGAAAUGAAGCGCAAUGAGCUCAAGUGCGUGGAGGAGGCUCUCGAUGAGAUCGAGCUGUUCGACGAGGAAGACGACAUUCCGUUCCUGGUGGGCGAGGUUUUCCUUUCGCACAAACUCGGUGCUACGCAAAAGCUUCUGGGAGAGACCAAAGAGGAAGUCCUCAAGGAAAUCGCUGCCAUUGAGGCGAAGGCCAAGGUUAUCAAAGCGGAGAUGGACGAGCUGAAGGCCCAUUUGUACCAGCGUUUCGGCAGCAACAUCUCCCUGGAGAGCGACGACUAGAUCGACUGUGCAUUUUACAUUUUACAAAAUAGAGUACAUUUAAUUUAAACUCGAUUAAACCACAGAGCUUAGAGCACUAAAAA